AUGAGAUCAGUGACGGAAACCGUUUGCCUGUUUGUUGCUUCACUCAUCACCAUAAUCGAGAGCUGCUCACCCGGUUAUGGUUAUGGUUACGGUUGCCCAGGUGGUGGCCUUCUCUCAAACGUUCUAGGAGGCGUAGGCGUUGGAGCAUACGCUUAUGCUGGCGGUGGAGGAGGACUUGGCUACGGCCGUUGCGGUCCCCCAACAAUCUUCUAUCACUGGACCUGUUGUGACUAUAACGUCUAUGAAUGUUGUAUACAAUUGGAACCUUGGGUCAUAGUGCUCCUCGUUAUAUUCGGUAUUGGACUAUUCCUCUGCUGUAUUGGCUGCAUAGCUGCCUGUAUUUGGAGCUACAGUAGAAAUCGCUAA